AUGUUAGUGCACAACGAACAGUCUCGACGAAGCCACGAACAACAAAAAAGUUCUAAUAACGAGUAUCAACGAAAGUCAUUUUCUGGACAAAAAAAAGUGCCUCUGUGUAAACCAUUUACCAUAUGUACAACAGAUGGUUAUAUUGUAGACAUUCUAGGCCCAUAUUACGCUACUCAAAAUGAUGCGUCAAUAAUGAAAGAAAUAAUGACCGAAUCAAAUGGAUUAUGUAAUUUAAUGAAAAAGGGGGAUAUUUUUAUACUCGACCGUGGUUUCAGAGACGUUAAAAAUAUGUUAACUGAACAAGGUUAUGGUGUACUAAUGCCAGCUUUAAAAGGGAAACGACCUCAGUUGUCAACUAUUGAAUCAAAUGAUUCACGAUUUGUAACAAAACUACGAUGGGUGGUUGAAGCCAUCCAUGGAAUACUUAAACAAAAAUAUCGCCUUCUGGACAGAAAAUUAGACAAUAAAAUGUUACCUAAAAUUGGGAUUUAUUGUAAAAUUGCAUCAUUUUUACAAAAUCGUUAUGGCAAACGUUUAAACUCCGAUGCGGGACGAUUGGAUAUUAUUGCCCAAAUGAAAGAAAAAAAGAAUCAAGAAAACUCAUUGUCGGAAGAAAUAGAAAAGCACGGAUGGAGCAGAAAAAAAUUAAUAUUUAGCGAUAUAUCUACUUCAGAUAUUUUCGAUUUUCCGGAAAUGACGGAAAAUGAUUUACAUAUUUUAUUCACAGGCUCAUACCAAUUCUCCCAAGCUAUCUCGUAUUUGGCAGAAAUAUUGAACGCGGAUGGUUCAAUUACUGCAAAAUAUGUCAAAGAAAGAAGUAAUAUUUUAAAAUUAUCUGUAAAAUCUCGACAUAUAAACAAAAAAACAUAUCGCUGUUAUAUAGAAUAUUUGCCAAAUACUAUAGGACAUUCAGGAGUGACACGAUAUGCUUGCGAAUGUGCAAGUGGCAAAAGAACAGUUGGUUGCUGUUCGCAUGUAGCUGCAUUAAUUUAUUAUUUAGCUCAUGGCAGAUAUUUAUCAAAAAUUCUCAAACCAGCUGAAAUUUUGACGAAUUUAUUUACUAAAAAUGAAAUACAUCCAAUAAUAAAUGAAAAUAGUGAUAUUGACGAUUAAGUAUUUUGUACUAAUAAAUAAUAAAAUUAUUGCUUGCAACAAUUAAUUUUACUAC